CCGCCGCCACCUGAGGGGGAGAAGCGGGACCGCGGCGUCGGGACCCCGCGCUGAGCUCAAAAUGUUGCAUGCAAAGAGUAUUCCAGUUCUGAAGAACCUUAAACAUGGACUGAAAAUAUCACCACUGAAGUGAAACCUGAGGGCACAUGAGGAGCUGAAAGAGCUUUCCAGUGGGGCUCAGGCACUGUCCCCAUUCCCAGUGUGGAAGGAUGGCUGUUAGCUGGAUGUUCUGUUACCUUUGGCUUGGGGAUUUUUUGCUGGGGCACACAAGAGGGCACAGUUUAUUUUCCUGUGAGCCCAUCAUCUUGAGGAUGUGCCAGGAUCUGCCUUACAACACAACCUUUAUGCCCAAUCUUCUGAAUCAUUAUGACCAGCAAACAGCAGCAUUAGCAAUGGAGCCCUUUCACCCCAUGGUGAAUUUGGAAUGCUCCAGGGAUUUCAGACCCUUUCUCUGUGCCCUCUAUGCCCCUGUGUGCAUGGAGUACGGCCGGGUCACCCUGCCCUGCCGCAGGCUCUGCCAGAGAGCACACACUGAGUGCUCCAAGCUCAUGGAGAUGUUUGGGGUCUCUUGGCCUGAGGAUAUGGAAUGCACCAGAUUCCCAGAUUGUGACGAGCCAUACCCUCGCCUCGUUGACCUCAGUUUAGCUGGGGAGCCCACAGAAGAGGCCCCAGUGGCAGUACAGAGGGAUUAUGGCUUUUGGUGUCCUCGGGAGCUGAAAAUAGACCCUGAGCUGGGUUACUCUUUCCUGAGGGUCCGGGACUGUUCCCCUCCUUGCCCAAACAUGUACUUCAGGAGGGAGGAGCUCUCCUUCGCUCGCUACUUCAUCGGGGUCAUCUCCAUCCUCUGCCUUUCUGCCACUUUGUUCACUUUUUUGACUUUCCUCAUCGACGUCACCCGAUUUCGCUAUCCCGAGAGGCCCAUCAUCUUUUAUGCUGUCUGCUACAUGAUGGUCUCCUUGAUCUUCUUCAUUGGCUUCCUGCUGGAAGACCGAGUGGCCUGCAAUGCCUCCAGCCCCUCCCAGUACAAGGCUUCCACGGUGACCCAGGGCUCUCACAACAAAGCCUGCACCAUGCUCUUCAUGGUCCUCUACUUCUUCACCAUGGCUGGCAGCGUCUGGUGGGUCAUCCUCACCAUCACCUGGUUCUUGGCAGCAGUGCCAAAAUGGGGCAGCGAGGCCAUCGAGAAGAAGGCUUUGCUCUUCCACGCCAGUGCCUGGGGCAUCCCGGGCACUCUCACCAUCAUCCUCUUGGCCAUGAAUAAAAUCGAAGGGGACAACAUCAGCGGCGUGUGUUUCGUCGGCCUCUACGAUGUGGAUGCCCUGAGGUAUUUUGUCCUGGCCCCUCUCUGCCUCUACGUGGUGGUUGGAGUCUCCCUGCUCCUCGCUGGCAUUAUCUCCCUCAACCGGGUGCGCAUCGAGAUCCCCUUGGAGAAGGAGAACCAGGACAAACUUGUCAAGUUCAUGAUCCGGAUUGGUGUCUUCAGUGUCCUCUACCUGGUGCCACUCCUGGUUGUCAUCGGGUGCUAUUUCUAUGAGCAGGCUUACAGAGGAGUCUGGGAGACAACCUGGAUCCAGGAACGCUGCAGAGAAUAUCACAUCCCCUGCCCCUAUCAGGUCACUCAGAUGAGUCGUCCAGAUCUGAUUCUCUUUCUCAUGAAAUAUCUCAUGGCUCUGGUUGUUGGGAUUCCCUCUGUCUUCUGGGUUGGAAGCAAAAAGACCUGUUUUGAGUGGGCCAGCUUCUUCCAUGGGCGUAGGAAAAAAGAAGUCGUAAACGAGAGUCGCCAAGUGCUGCAGGAGCCAGACUUUGCUCAGUCCCUGCUGAGAGAUCCCAACACCCCCAUCAUCCGCAAGUCCAGAGGCACUUCCACCCAGGGCACCUCCACUCAUGCCUCCUCCACCCAGCUGGCCAUGCUGGAUGACCAGAGGAGCAAGGCUGGCAGUGUCCACAGCAAAGUCAGCAGCUACCACGGCAGCCUCCACCGGUCACGGGACGGGAGGUACACUCCCUGCAGCUACAGAGGGGUGGAGGACAGACUACCUCACGGCAGCAUGUCACGACUCACUGACCACUCCAGGCACAGCAGCUCCCACCGCCUCAACGAGCAGUCACGUCACAGCAGCGUCAGGGACCUCAGCAGCAACCCCCUGACACACAUCACACACGGGACCAGCAUGAACCGCGUCAUCGAGGAGGAUGGCACCAGUGCUUGA